AUUCCAUCCAGCCAUCCAUCCAUCCAUCCAUCCAUCCCCGUCUCCAAUUGAGUCAAGGAACAUUUUUUUUUCUCCUUCGCCGCCUGUCGCCGUCACUACCACCGCCUCACCUCCUCGACCCUUUGCGCGUCGCUCAUCCCCCUACGAACCUUCUUCUCACGUUUGCAAAUCGUUGGUUCUGUGUUUUGGCUGCCUUGCGCGCAUUUGGUUAUCGACGCUGUCGCCUGUAUCGUUUUCUGCCGCGUGAACAGACCCUCGCGCGCGCCCUUUUUUUCUUGGUACUGCCGGGGCGUUGGUCACGGCACUCCGAGGCAACCCCGGCCCUGGCAUUUGUGACGGGACUCGUGUCCUCACCCUUUCCAUCGCGGCGUCCACACCCCCCCGGUCGCGCGUUUCCCUCUGACGAAGCGACGACGAAACACUCCAAGUCCUCGACGACGAGACGAGACGGCACACACCCCCGUUUACGGUGACAUAGGGCUGCCGCACCUCGAGCGUCUCUCCGCUCGGCGACAUCGCGUCGUCGUCGUCUAGCCAGCCAGCCAGCCACCAUGUCAAAGGCCACGGCUGUCAAGGAGGCCGUCAAGGAGUCCCUCGUGGGCCACGACGAGCCGGUCCAGCUCUCGGCCCAGACCAAGGCGCGCUUCACCAGCAAUGCCGUCAAGGAUCCCGAGACCGGCGAGCUGUACAUGGGCCCCGACGAGUUCAUCAACGCCGUCGCCCCCAAGAACGAGGAUUAUCACAAGAUCAAGCGCGAGCAGUACUCGAUUCUGUUUCGCGUCGCCGACAGCAAGGGCACCGGCCGCGUCACCCUGACCGACUGGGGCGUCUUCGAGAACCUCCUCCUCAAGCCCGACGCCGAAUACGAAAUCGCCUUUCGCCUCUUCGACGUCGACCGCACCGGCACCGUCAAGUACGAGGAUUUCCGCAAGCUCUACGAGCUCAACAAGGGCCCUGACAGCAUCCCCUUUGACUGGGACUGCGAGUGGGCCAAGCUGUAUAUUGGCAGCCAAAAGAAGCGCCAUGACCUCAGCUACCCUCAGUUCGCCCAGAUGCUGCGCGGCCUCCAGGGCGAGCGCAUCCGCCAGGCCUUCCAGCUCUUCGACAAGGACGGCGACGGCUACGUCAACCCCGAGGACUUUGAGCGCAUCAUCCUCGAGACAGCCAAGCACAAGCUCUCCGACCACCUCCUCGCCAACCUCCACACCCUCUGCAAUAUUUCCAGCAGCAGCAAGGUCUCGUACGCCAACGUCCGCGCCUUCUUGAAUAUGAUCAAGGAGAUGGACCUGGUAGAGCUCAUCGUGCGCCGCGCCGUCCUCCGCAGUAGCGAUGGCAAGAUCACCCGCUCCGAGUUUGUCAACGAGGCCGCCAAGGUCACCCGCUUCUCCCUCUUCACGCCCAUGGAGGCCGACAUCCUCUUCCACUUUGCCAGCAUCGACGAGCCCUCGGGCCGCCUCGGCCUGCACGACUUUGCAAAGGUCCUCGACCCCUCGUGGCGCAGCCCCGUCUACGACACCGACGACUCCGCUAUGGGCGCCCUGCAAAAGGCGACCACGAAGAAGGCAGCCUUCCUCCAGCAGGCUGCCGAGUCUACCUUUAACUUUGCUCUCGGUAGUUUGGCCGGUGCCUUUGGUGCCUUCAUGGUGUACCCCAUUGAUCUCGUCAAGACCCGGUUACAAAACCAACGCGGUGCGCAGCCCGGCCAGCGGCUGUACAAGAAUUCGAUCGACUGCUUCCAGAAGGUGUUCCGUAACGAGGGACUCCGCGGCCUCUACUCUGGCGUUCUGCCGCAGCUCGUCGGUGUCGCGCCCGAAAAAGCCAUUAAGCUGACGGUCAACGACCUUGUGCGCGGCCACUUUACCGACAAGCAGGGCAAGAUCUAUUGGGGCGCCGAGGUCCUGGCCGGUGCCAGCGCCGGUGGCUGCCAAGUUGUCUUCACAAAUCCCCUCGAAAUCGUCAAGAUCCGCCUGCAGGUGCAGGGUGAAGUCGCCAAGACGGUCGAGGGCACACCGAAACGAUCGGCCAUGUGGAUCGUGCGCAACCUGGGUCUCGUGGGCCUCUAUAAGGGCGCCUCGGCAUGCCUCUUGCGCGACGUUCCCUUCUCGGCCAUUUACUUCCCUACCUAUAGCCACCUGAAGAAGGACUUCUUCGGAGAGUCGGCGACCAAGAAGCUGGGCGUACUCCAGCUCCUGACGGCGGGCGCCAUUGCCGGCAUGCCUGCGGCGUACCUGACGACGCCCUGCGACGUGAUCAAGACGCGGCUGCAGGUGGAGGCGCGCAAGGGCGAGGCGUCGUACACGGGCCUGCGACACGCGGCCAAGACGAUCUGGAAGGAGGAGGGCUUCACCGCCUUCUUCAAGGGCGGCCCCGCUCGCAUCUUCCGAUCGUCGCCGCAGUUCGGGUUCACGCUGGCGGCGUACGAGGUGCUCCAGAACGUGGUGCCGAUGCCGGGCAAGAAGGGCGAGGUCAAGAUGCACGGGGGCGUGGCUGACGCCAUGGCGGCGGUCUCGACGGCGGGCAGCCUGGACACGAGCCCGUUUGCGCGGAGCCGCAACGCGCUCAAGAUCAUUCUGGACCUGGACGAGGACUUUGGCAAGAUCAAGAUGCCCAACGAGAAGGGCUGGCGCUCGCUCCCGCGCAUCAUGGGUGGAAGUGGAGCGGCGCAAUGACGAAAGCUUACGACGAGGGACGGCGUUUCGGUCUCGCCACACGGCGCUCCGACGGCUGGAGGAAACGAAGGGACUCGAUAACGGCAGAAAAAGGGAGGGACUAGGCUCUGAUCCGCACGCAUUGCAUCAGACGCGGCGUUUUUUUCUUUUCAGGGGCAGAGUGUUUAAAGCAUCGCUGGGGGGUCAAAGUCUUUUCUUUUCGCACCCCGCUGUAUCUAUUCUGUCUUCUCUAUUCGUUUCUUUUGUAUUCCCUCUACUUGUUGUCCCCUUUAGACGGGUCUCUCUGGGUAUCAGGCAAGGCCCGGCGGCCCGACCUGGCCGCGUGCCCAGACGGGACGACCUGGUGACGGCACGGACGAAAUGGAUAGACCUAG